AUGGCCUUCCAGUGCAAGUUGAACAUGUCUUCGGUGACGGUGGACUUGUGCGACGAUGCUGAGACUCCAAGCCCGCCGCCGCCGGCUAGCCUUCCUUCGGUCAGACGUCGUGUGAAGCUGGAACGCCCUGACCGUCCCAAGGUUGAGCAGCAGCCUCAUGAAAGACCCGCGAAGUUCCUGUCGCUCAUGUAUGCUCCUCAUGAGGGUCACGGCAACUGCCGCGGUCGAGAUGUUCCUUGUGUGUUCGGAGAAUUUUCCUCGCCCGCGCCUGCUGCACCCGGAGGUCUUUGCGAUUUGUGCGAUGAGGAUAUGAUUGCCACCCUGCAUCAGUCUUUGCCAGGACGCUUGACGCACUUGCUCAAUGCUGUGGCGGCCCCGGCGGACGGCAGAGCUUUUGAGUACGUUCGAACUGCCCUGGGAACGGAAAUCGAGCAGGAGUACCGCGACAGAGUUGCUCGAGCGCGUCACCGAAAAGACCCAGCUCGACCGCGGCGAGGAAGCCGUCCUCGGCGAAGCCAGACGCACAUGGGUUCUCGUCGCCGAGACAGGUCCAGUCCUGCAUCUUGUGCUGGGCGGGAGGGCACGCCCUGUGUCUUCGGCGUGAAUUCGCAAGCGGCGAUGGCCGCCUCCUCCGGUCACUGUGAGCUCUGCGAUCCUCAGAGCAUGAAGCGACUGUGCCGAGAGCAGCCGGCCAAGCUCACCUGUUUGCUUCGGGCUCUGGACCAGACGGCGCUGGCCAUGGCCUUGAACUUUCUGAACGUCGAUGUCGAUGCUGCAGCGGCCGAGAACUUCGCAGGCCGCGUCGCUCGAGCUCAUCAUCGGCGCGACCCGGCGCGCCCCAAGCGCAAGCCGAGAGGCGCGUACAAGAAGUCAG